CAGUUAGAGGUCAACCACUUCAAGUACCUCAAAAUGUCGAUAUUCCUGUAAAUUCACCUUACGAUAAUCUUAGUGCUGAACAAAAAUAUGAAAAUUUGACUAAAGGUACAACAGAUUUGUUCAACACUAGAAAACAAGAAACAGAAAAUCAAGCUCCUCAAUUUUCGACCUUUAUUUAUUCGGGAUCGGAAUCACCCUUUUGA